AAUCAGCGACGGCGGAAGGAGGAUUCUGCCCUCCGAUAUCCCACGUGACCGUCCUCAGUAGUUCCCAGGCGGUCACAUCAGCGAGCUGGAGACUAUGGAUCAGAAGGUCGGGUUGUUCAUUCUUCUGGCAGCAGGCCUCCUCUGCCUCAGUUUAACCCCCGUCUCUCGGGCCGAGGACCUGGUCGAGGACGGUCUAGGUGACGACGUGGACGUGGAGGACGAGCUGGAUCUGGGUUUGGCUGGAGCCGAGGAGGAGGACCUGGAGGAUCUGGAGGGGGACGCGCAGGAUGAGGCGCCACCUGCUCCUAAAACUCCUCCCACCCCGAAGGUAACCUACAAGGCUCCAGAGCCGAUGGGGGAACAUUUCAUCGCUGAGUCUUUUGAUCGGGGGACACUGGACGGCUGGGUGAUUUCCAACGCCAAGAAAGAGGACACUGAUGAAGACAUCGCUAAGUAUGACGGUAAAUGGGCAGUGGAGGAGAUGAAGGACAGCAAGCUCCCCGGUGAUAAAGGUCUCGUCCUGAAGUCUCGCGCCAAACAUCACGCCAUCUCAGCCCAGCUGCUGCGACCUUUUACCUUCGACACCAAGCCCCUCAUCGUCCAGUACGAGGUGAACUUCCAGUUGGGUAUCGACUGCGGCGGCGCCUACGUCAAACUGCUGAGUCAGACUCCCGACAUCGACCUGGACCAGUUUGUGGAUAAAACUCCGUACACCAUCAUGUUCGGACCCGACAAAUGUGGAGAAGAUUACAAACUGCACUUCAUCUUCAGACACAAAAACCCCAAAACGGGAGAGUACGAAGAGAAACACGCCAAGAAACCCGACGCCGACCUGAGGACGUACUACACCGACAAGAAAACACAUCUGUACACACUGGUGGUGAACCCUGACAACACCUUCGAGGUGCUGGUGGAUCAGACUGUGGUGAACAGCGGCAGCCUGCUGACAGACAUGACCCCCCCUGUGAACCCCACGGCCGAGAUCGAGGACCCCGACGACCAGAAGCCCGAGGACUGGGACGAGAGGCCCAAGAUCCAGGACCCUGCUGCAUCCAAGCCCGAAGAUUGGGACGAGGACGCUCCCGCUCAGAUUCCAGAUGAAGACGCAGUGAAACCCGACGGCUGGCUGGACGACGAGCCGGAGUACAUCGGAGACCCCGACGCCGUCAAACCUGAAGACUGGGAUGAGGACAUGGACGGUGAAUGGGAGGCUCCUCAGGUCCCUAACCCCGCCUGUGAGACCGCCCCCGGCUGUGGCGCCUGGAAACGACCAAUGAUUGACAACCCCAACUACAAGGGCAAGUGGAAGUCCCCCAUGAUCGACAACCCUAACUACCAGGGCGUCUGGAAGCCGAGGAAGAUCCCCAACCCGGCGUUCUUCGAGGACCUGCAGCCCUUCAAGAUGACUCCGUUCAGCGCCUUGGGGCUCGAGCUCUGGUCCAUGACCUCCGACAUCUUCUUCGACAACUUCUUCAUCACCGACGAUCGGAACACCGCCGAGCGCUGGGCCAACGACGGCUGGGGGCUGAAGAAGGCUGCAGAGGGCGCUGCUGAGCCCGGUCUGGCAACACAGAUGCUGAACGCUGCAGAGGAGCGCCCGUGGCUGUGGGUCGUCUACGUCCUCACUGUGGCUCUACCGAUCGUCCUCAUCAUCGUCUUCUGCUGCACCGGAAAGAAGUCGUCAGGAUCAGAUCAGGGACAGUUGAGUCUCACCACCUUACAGGAAGAGUUUAAGGAAGCUGGACGCCCGAACCACCCCGCCACCGCCUCCUCAGGCCUGAAGAAGACCCCAGCGACGCCGGCAGCCGAGUACAAGAAGACAGACGAAGCUCAGCCUGACGUGAAGGAGGAGGAAGAGGAGGAGGAGGAGGAGGAAGAGGAGGAGAAGGCUGAAGAGGCAGAGAAGAGCAGUCCAGCAACAGAAGGGAAGAGCGACGGAGAGGAAAGUCCUGCAGAGAAAGAGGAAGAGGAAGCAGACAAGGAGGAAGACAAGGAGGAGGACAAGGAGGCGUCAUCUGACGAGAAGUUGGAGGACGACGUUCUGCGGAGAUCUCCCAGGAACAGGAAGGUCAGAAGGGACUGAUAUCUCUGAAUCCACAGCCCUGACCUCACCCCCUCCCCCUCUCCCUCCCUAAAGUAUCCCCCUCCCCUCCGAAACCUCCUCCUCUUCUUCUACUCCUCUGCUCCGAGGCCAUGAAGCCUAAAUGGAACCCGUUUGAAGCAGUGAAGCCGACAGGAAACUAAUCGGACGCCUGAUCGUGACGAUGAUGACGAUGAUGAUGAUUCCAGUAUGAACCGGACUGAGUUAGCGUGAUUUAAAAGGAUUUUUGUUCGUGAAAGAGAUUAACUGAGAUCAACUAAAAACUUCCUGCAUCAUUCCUAAACAACACCUGAGCAGACUCGAACCCACAGGAUCAACGCGUCCCGUCUGACCCACCGCUCGCCGCCCAGCGCCACCCUGAGCUAGCAAAGUGCUCCGCCCUACCUACAGCAUGCUAAAUAGCGCUCAGCAACUUGCUAAUCAGAUAUCUGGCUCGUUGGCCUACCAACAGGCUGCUAACUAGGCUAACAAUCUGAAGUUACCAUCUUCCUGCUCGGGCUGCCAGCAGUCUACCUGACCCACGAUCAGGGUGCUAAUUAGGCUAACUGGUCAGAGAAUCGAAAGUCUUGCCAAUUAGCAUACAGACCGGCUGCUAAUUAGCCGACAGUUGUCUAACUUUGCCAGGUUAACAACUAGAUUGUAAGCAACUCACAAAUUCACCUGCUAACAGUUGAUUUAUUAGCCUUCUGGGAGAGUUUAUUAUUAUACAAAUGGUCGGGGGAGUAGCCUACCAGAAGUGUUGCUCAUUAGUCUUCUAGCCUGUUAAUUAGCUCGACUUGGUUGUAGUUCUAGCCUACUGUCAUCCUAUUUGGACUACAAACAGCGGGAUGUUAACGAGCCCACGAAUAAAUGUACUUACCAACAACUAGCUAAUUAUCCUGCUAAAAGCUAAUUAACCUACUAACCGUCGGCUCAUUAGCCGUCCUAGAUUUUACAAUUUAGCUAGCUAGAAUACUAAAGUAGCCCACAACUUGGCUACAUGCUAAUAUUUAAAUAAUCAUGGAGAACACUCCAGCUGACCCGACGCUUUCUUACUCUUUCAUGUCUCAUGUUUUGAAUUGUUUGUUCUGAAGCUGUUAGCUCAGCGUUAGCUCAGUGUUUCUAUGUCUUAUUGUCCUGGUGGCAGCGGGGAAGGUCAGAGGUCAGAACCACAGAGCCUAAACGGUUGGAGAGAAAGCGUUGGUGCUGGAUUGUUAGCUGGUACUGAGGCGUGGCGGCGGUUUCUGGCAGCGGCAGCAGGUUCUGACAUCAAACCUCAUAUCAGCAGUUGUUUGUCGUUGUCCCUCCUCCUCUCUGUGAGUUUCAGUCCAAACAAACACGAUGGCAGCUCAUAUCGCUGGUUAGAUCCUCGGGGCUUUCUCUCCGAGUUGAGCCUCGCAGGCAGAUCCAAAACCGACUCCUGUGAUGAGUUUCUCCGCCAACAUUUCAGCUUCAGAAUUAUUGUUUUGGUUUCUUUCUUUACCUGCUGCUGUCGUCUUUGUUUGGACUUAAAACUCGUCCCGUCCGCAGGUGGACAGACACAAAGUCCCUCUUUCAUCAACCCCAUAUGAAAAGAAAAAGGCACUAAGGGAUAAAAAAAAAAAAACUCAGGCGCUUACUCUCACACCUGUCCACCUGCUGCCCCCAACCCCUCCAGCAAUCACAGACGCCGUCCCACAUGAAUCCUGAAUCCAUGUUUAGCCCCAUGUUUAAAAGAAACGGCACUUGAGCGUGAAAGUUAUGAAUAAAUAUUCUCAACUCAAGGUUCACUCGCUGGCUUCCAGCUGAAUCCGCCUUCACUGAGAGAUCUUCCACGAGUUCAAUACUCGGCAAACUUUAUCUGUGAGGACUGAAGGAUGCAGGCGAAAGCUCCACAACAGUAAGUGGACCUUGAGUUCAGACCAAACUCACACUUAAAUGUUCUAAUCCUCAAGAUUUUCAUCAUAUCAAAGCCAGUUUUCAUUCUGCAAGGCUGCCAUUAAUUCUGCUGAUCUUAAUUAGUAGAGCGGAUAUGAAAAUACUCUAAUAACUGAACACACACAGUUUCAACCAGUCCUAGAAAUUAACAAUAAAUAAUAAGAGACAGUUUUUAUAUCAGAUGACUGGCUACUAAUUAUAUGAUGUCAUCAGGAAGAGCAGCCAAUCGUUGAGAGGAAACCAAUUCAAUCAAUCGCUUUAUAACCACUGAUCGCCAAAAUCAACCCGAUGUCAAAUCUUAGGGAUUACAACUUAUACUAGUUUUACUGUCAUCUGCUGCCGCCGCCUGACGACUUCCUGCCCGCCCGCCGCUGGUCACAUGACCUCAGUUACAGGCUGAGAAAUGACAAAUAACAGCCAACGACCUCCUGACCUUCCCUCUAGCGCCACCAUCAGGACAAAACUUCCAAUUUUCUCUCCACUAAAACUCUCAGAAGGAUUUUGUGAUCAGCACAUGAGAAAUAAAUCCAUGAACAUUUCCUGUAAAGAUGCCAACUUGGGUUGAAACUCUUCAUUAGUUUUGUAUUUUUAUUGGAUUUCUGUGCAGAAGAAACGAGACGAUGACCGACCGUAACAUCUGAAAUAAAACAGUUUGUGUGACUGUGGGAAAGAAAAGUAACUGCAUUCGUCCGGUCUCGUGUCCCUGAGGUGACUGUUGAUGUGUGUUUGUCCUUGUUGUGUCACUGCGGUUAAAUAUUAAACUUCUGUCUGUUUCCGUCUGUAAUCCAGCAGCGGUGAGCGAGCUCUGUUGUGAUCGGCGGUUAGUAAACGGUGGGCGGCGGGGGGGAAGGCUUGGAGAUGUGUUUUUGUCUCUCUGGUUGUUUUGGUGAGUUCAGAUUUUGGGCCUGGCGGUGAACUCCCCGCUUCCAUUUCAGGUGACCUUUAACCUUUUAUUUUCCUCCUCCUCUUAGGGUAAACUCAAGCUAGUUUUGGCUGUUAGCUCGGCUGCUUUUAGUCUUCAUUUCCUUCCCGUGCUGUCGCUCUAAAGGUAAAGACGCUUUAGGACAGAUCGCCUCCAGCAGCAGCAGCAGCAGCAGCGUUACAUUCCCACUGAGAAUGUAUGUUUCAGCCUCGUCCUCUCCCUCCUUCUUCUUCUUCUUCUUCUUCUUUUUUUAGUCUGAUUAUUUUUGUUUUCUCUGCUCGUGUCCGGCUGAAGCUGCCUAGCUUUAACAGACUGUAGACUGAACACUGUAUCUGCUGGUGAAACUUUACAUGACUCUGUAACUCUGUACUUUUUAUUUUUGUUGACAUUGUGUUUGAACUAACUGUUGGCCCGGCCUGUUUCUGAUGUACACACUAUGUAGAGAGAUGGAUCUGCUGACACACCACAGGAAGGUCCGACUUUGAAUAGAAAUACUGUGAUGAAGGAGCCCGAUGUGCGUGUGUGUGUGUGGACAAGCAGUCAACAUUUGUUUUGAUGAAUAAAAAAGGCCAAAUGGAAACUUAA